ACUUGAAAGUAGUGGAUGCUGGGAACAGUGAAUUUAUCAUAUCAGAGAGUACGUAUCAAUUAGUCUAAUUUUGAAUUCAGAUUGAAUUGACAUCAACCUCUCUUGUUUCCAGAAUAAGAAUGUGAAAAUAAAUAUCUUAAUGAUUAUAGGAUUUUUUAUUCUACGCAGCCAGUAUUUGGAACAAAAUUCUGGAAACUUAAUAAAAGACUUCGUGUUGGGUAUUAAAAAUACACACGAAUAAAAUCACCAUUUCCUUUUAAUUAAAGAAUAUUUUUGUACAUAUAUUCGGAACAAAUAUUACCAGGAACAUUCAUUAAGUAUGUUUACUUUAAUAUUUCCUUUUGGGUCGGCGUAAGCCUGCGUUGAUCUCAUGCGUUUAUAGAACACACUCACAUGUUUUUAUUCAGCAUCGGACAAAGGAGUAUACUGCGGUAUACUGAUUCAAAGUCAGCUGAUCCGUAAAUUUUCCGGAAUACAGUGUGCAGUACUGAUAGUGCUACAAAUGAGAGAAGUGUGGUAGCUACUAGCUAGUGCAUAGCAGAGAGCCAGUGCAGACACGUCAUUCAAGUGUUAAAGUGUUCAACUUCGUUGUCAGUUGUCACAUCCCCACUAUGGGAUCCUUCAAUCUGCUGCUAGUUAGCAUAUUAAUCGGUUGUGUUACAUCUGCUUCUGUGAAACCUCAGCCUCAUUUUCUCUCCGACGAAUUCAUAGAUCUGGUAAAUGCAAAAGCCAAAACAUGGAAGGCUGGACGCAAUUUUCUCGAAGACGUACCUGUUACGUACAUUCGUCGUUUGAUGGGAGUCCACCCACAAGCUAUAAUGUACCAAUUGCCUGUUAAAGAACUUCACGAGAAAGAACCUAUUCCAGAAGAAUUUGACUCAAGACAGCAGUGGCCGUAUUGCCCUACUCUGCGAGAAAUUCGUGACCAGGGCUCCUGCGGUUCGUGCUGGGCUUUUGCUGCAGUGGAAGCUAUGUCAGACAGGGUGUGCAUUCACUCUGAAGGAAAAGUGAAUUUCCAUUUCUCAUCAGAAAACUUGGUGUCUUGUUGUUCAUCAUGUGGAUUUGGAUGUAACGGUGGUUUCCCUGGAGCAGCAUGGGAAUACUGGGUAGAGACAGGAAUUGUCAGUGGAGGUCCCUAUGGAUCUCAUCAGCAUCAUGUGAAUGGUAGCCGUGGACCGUGUCAUGAAGAGAGAACUCCAGCAUGUCAUACAAAAUGUGAAACAGGAUAUAGACGAGAUUACACAAAGGACCUCUACCACGGACAAAAGUCGUAUACCCUUAUGCAAGAUGUUGAAGAAAUUCAGUUGGAAAUUAUGAAGAAUGGACCUGUGGAAGCUGCUUUCACAGUAUAUGAAGAUUUUGUACAAUAUAAGACAGGUGUGUAUCAACAUGUUUCUGGUUCAGAGCUGGGGGGCCAUGCCAUAAAGAUUAUUGGCUGGGGUGUUGAAGAAGAUGUACCUUAUUGGUUGGUGGCCAAUUCCUGGAACUACGAUUGGGGCAGUCAAGGCCUCUUCAAGAUUCUUAGAGGCAAAAACCACUGUGGUAUUGAAGAAAGCGUGGUUGCUGGAAUUCCGGCAAAAUCAUUGUGAUAUGGUAGCACUGUAGGUGCUUCACAGAUCAUACUGUUAUGUGAAAUUCAUUCAAAUACUGAGGAAGAGCAAAAUAGAAAGAUUUUGAAGCCUAUUGUACAUUUGUCAUUAAAAUGAUAGAAUAUUGUAUAGCAGUACAGGACAUUUUAAUAUUUUAAUUCCUACAUUCUUGAAUAUUGUGAUAUCUUUUGUUAAAAUAAAAAAAGGGUAUAUCCAUUUCUGAAAGUUCCUAGAAAACCCCCUGACAUUGUUCCCGAGUUGCAAAUAAAUGCAAUUAUCCAUUCCAAAAUGGUUUAGUACUGUGAAAAAUCUUUUUAAUAAUUGGUUGAUUAUUAAAAUUGCACAUGCUAAUCCUUCAUAAAAAUAAAUC